AUGUCAACCGCAAGGCUGCUCGUUGUAAAUCGGUGGCGCACUAUCAUGCCCACUGUAAUAACUACACCGUUAGGAGCUGUCAAGUCAAAACAAAAUAUUCAAAAUGUGGACACCUGUUGGCAUGUAGCCGUAAUCACAUUUCUUAUACUCUUCGUGGCGACCGUCUCGCUCAAGAACUCUGGCUUCAUUCUCGUUGGGCUGAUGGAUGAGUUUGACACCGAUCGAGAACACGCUUCUUGGCCCACUACCGUUCGUGUGACAUUCAGCCUGGGUGCAGGUUUCGGAAUGGGUGCAAUGUACGUCACAACUGCCCUUGCCCUCUUCAAGUAUUUCGACAAAUACAAAAGCUUCGCGAACGGAUUGGCACGUGCGGGCGAGACCGCAGCCGGCAUUGUGUUCCCUCCUGUCUUCGUAUUUCUUCAAGAAACGUACGGUUUCAGAGGCACCCUUUUCAUCUACGGUGCACUUGCACUUCAUGCGACAGUCCUUUGCCUCUUACUAAAAGAGCCACCGUGGACUGUGAGAAAGCCACCUCUAAAAACUAUUAACAAAACAGAUGUAUUCACGACUCAUUCUGUAAAUAUGGCAAACAACCAAAAUGAGCCUCCUAAAUCAAAGAGCUUGCAUAGCAGCGACCUUCCCGAUAACGUCAGUCAUUUACUGACCAUGUUUCGGAACCCGUAUUUUUAUUUAAUAGUUCUCUGCAGUGUGGUUGUUCAUAUCUCCCAAUUCACGUUUCUAACUACCAUAGUCGACUUUGCCAUGGAUGGAGGCUCGUCGCUGGCUGACGCCUCGUCCGUCAUAACCUACAUAUCACCGGCUGAUUUUAUCGGUCGCAUGAUCCUGCCGCUGCUAGCAGACCGGAACUAUAUACGGCGGGGCACCCUCGUGACGCUCUCUUUCUGCGUGAUGGGCGUGUCGACAAUGGCUUUACCGCAGACGACGUCCUUCGCGACGCUUCUGCCGACUUGCGUUGUCUUUGGAAUCGCCCUAGGGUGUCUGCUGACAAUGGAGAUUGUCCUAGUGUCCGAUUACGUCGAUGUUCAACUCUUCGCAGUUUGUUACGGCUUCUGCUCGCUAGCCAGCAUUCCAGGAAUAUUGGUCGGCCCGUUGGUUUUCGGAUUCUUCAGGGACAGCAUGGGCACGUACGACAAUAUGUACCGUCUCAUAGGAGGAACUCACCUGGCAGUUAGCUUAAUUUUUGGAGCAGUAGUCUGCAAUGAAAAGCGAAGUGGCAGGCCCGAACAAACAACCAAACUUUAA